CACGGAAAUUCCGUCACAAACAUUGCAAAGAAUCGACGUGAUUGCGGAUUAAAUUUUUGUUUUUGCACUUGCUUGAAAAUUUCGCCUUCAUCAAACACCGAUUAAAUCUUAAACUUAGCCGUCUACGCCGCAAUUGUGCAACGAAAAUACGUAAAAAAGAAAGCGAAUAGGGGAAAAGCAAGAAAACGAGGAAAAUGGGCACAACUCCCACUCCGCCAGCGAAUGAAAGGGGAAAUUGUGUGAUGUCAUUUUGACUGUUUCUUUCGAGUUAAUUGAAACAACUUCCUGCGCUGCUUUUUGGAUUUUUUUGCUGCUGCUACCAACUGUUUUUUAAGCGCCACUGUGUGCAUGUGGGAGUGCGAGUGUGCCAGUGUGUGUGUGUGAUUUACAUAUACUGCUAUAUUAAAAGUUGUGCAGAAUUAUAUGCCGUUAAAUGCAUACGGUUAAUUGGCCAUUAAGUGCUAUUUAAUUUUGUAAUUUACUACGGAGAGGAGAAAAACCACACAAAUACCAUUCCAAACACACACUCACACACACACACACACGCGAAAGAGAAAAGGUGAAACGCAAACACACACCUAAAAGCACGAUAUCGAAAAGAAUUCCGCCCAGGACAACAACAACGAGCUAAAUCACCUGCCACGCCCACGGGCAGCUGUACCGUCCACCCCUCCGCCACCCCGCCCUCUCCCCCCGUCUAAGAAGGAUACCAUCCAUCAUGUCCAGUCCCAGCAACACGGACAAUGGCCCAUCGCAGGGCCAAUCUCGGCAGGAUCUGCAAAUGGAGGUGGAGCGCCUCACGCGCGAACUGGACCAGGUGUCCUCCGCCAGCGCCCAGUCCGCCCAAUACGGAUUGUCCUUGCUGGAGGAGAAGUCCGCCCUGCAGCAAAAGUGCGAGGAACUGGAGACACUAUACGACAACACGCGCCACGAACUGGACAUCACUCAGGAGGCGCUGACCAAGUUCCAAACCUCACAGAAGGUGACCAACAAGACGGGCAUCGAGCAGGAGGACGCCCUGCUGAACGAGUCCGCUGCCAGGGAGACAUCGCUCAACCUGCAGAUCUUCGAUCUGGAGAACGAGCUCAAACAGCUGCGCCACGAGCUGGAGAGGGUUCGCAAUGAGCGCGACCGGAUGCUGCAGGAGAACUCGGACUUCGGGCGGGACAAGAGCGACAACGAGGCGGACCGCCUGCGCCUCAAGUCCGAGCUGAAGGACCUCAAGUUCCGCGAGACGCGUAUGCUCAGCGAGUACUCGGAACUGGAGGAGGAGAACAUAUCGCUGCAGAAGCAGGUCUCCAACCUGCGCAGCUCUCAGGUGGAAUUUGAGGGUGCCAAGCACGAGAUUCGUCGCCUCACCGAAGAAGUUGAGCUUUUGAAUCAACAGGUCGAUGAGCUGGCGAAUCUCAAGAAGAUUGCCGAGAAGCAAAUGGAGGAAGCGCUGGAGGCCUUGCAGGGUGAACGCGAGGCAAAGUAUGCGCUGAAGAAGGAGCUGGAUGGUCACUUGAACCGCGAGUCCAUGUACCACAUCAGCAACCUGGCCUACAGCAUACGCAGCAACAUGGAGGACAACGCCAGCAACAAUUCGGACGGAGAGGAGGAGAAUCUGGCUCUCAAGCGGCUGGAGGCUGACCUCAGCACCGAACUAAAAUCCCCCGACGGCACCAAGUGCGAUCUCUUCUCGGAGAUCCACCUGAACGAACUGAAGAAACUGGAGAAGCAGCUGGAGAGCAUGGAGAGCGAGAAGACCCAUUUGACGGCCAAUUUGCGGGAGGCGCAGACGAGUCUGGACAAGUCACAGAACGAGCUGCAGAACUUCAUGUCGCGCCUGGCUCUUCUGGCCGCCCAUGUCGAUGCUUUGGUCCAGCUGAAGAAACAGAUCGACGUGAAGGAACAGGGCAGGGAUGGUGACCAGAAGAAGGAUGAGCUGGAGCAGCAGCUGCGGGCUCUGAUCUCGCAGUACGCCAAUUGGUUCACGCUCUCUGCCAAGGAGAUCGAUGGCCUCAAGACUGACAUUGCUGAGCUGCAGAAGGGACUCAACUACACCGAUGCCACCACCACGUUGCGCAACGAGGUGACCAAUCUGAAGAACAAGCUCCUCUCCACGGAGCAAAAGUCACUGGACCUGCAGAGCGACGUGGAAACCCUCACACACAUCUCGCAGAACGCUGGCCAAAGUCUGGGCUCAGCGCGCAGUACUCUGGUGGCUUUGAGCGACGAUCUCGCUCAGCUGUAUCACCUAGUGUGCACCGUCAACGGGGACACGCCCACGCGUGUCUUGCUCGACCACAAGAGCGAUGACAUGAGCUUCGAAAACGAUUCUCUUACUGCCAUCCAGUCGCAGUUCAAGUCGGACGUGUUUAUUGCCAAGCCGCAGAUCGUUGAGGAUCUGCAAGGCCUGGCGGAUUCCGUGGAGAUUAAAAAGUAUGUGGACACAGUCAGCGAUCAGAUCAAGUAUCUGAAGACAGCUGUUGAGCAUACCAUUGAUCUGAACAAAUACAAAGUGCGCUCCGAAGGAGGCGAUGCCCUGGAGAAGGUCAACACCGAGGAAAUGGAGGAGCUGCAGGAGCAGAUAGUCAAGCUCAAGAGUCUUCUGUCCGUGAAGCGCGAACAGAUCGGCACCCUGCGCAAUGUGCUCAAGUCGAACAAACAAACCGCCGAGGUGGCCCUCACCAAUCUCAAGUCCAAAUACGAGAACGAGAAGAUCAUUGUCAGUGACACCAUGUCCAAGCUGCGUAAUGAGCUCAGGCUUCUCAAGGAGGAUGCAGCCACCUUCUCAAGUCUGCGCGCCAUGUUUGCCGCUCGCUGCGAGGAGUAUGUGACCCAGGUGGAUGAUCUCAACCGCCAGUUAGAGGCUGCUGAAGAGGAGAAGAAGACUCUCAACCAGUUGCUGCGCCUGGCUGUCCAGCAGAAGCUGGCACUCACCCAGCGCCUCGAGGAGAUGGAAAUGGAUCGCGAAAUGCGCCAUGUCCGCCGACCAAUGCCCGCCCAGCGUGGCACCAGCGGCAAAUCCUCAUUUAGCACACGGCCUUCGAGCAGGAAUCCAGCCAGCAGCAACGCCAACCCAUUCUAACAUAAGAUCAGCGUGCAGCGUAAACUUCUGGCUUUGGUUUAUACUUUGCUUAAGUUGUAAGUUCGUUGGAGUUCCUGCGGAAAGAGAGACAGAUAUUUCCACAAUCACCAGAUAUACUGCAAACGUGUUCGUGUUCGAGAACGAAGCUAUAUCCAUGCUCUAUCCAACUACUAUAACUAUGUUUGUUUGUAUUGUAUUUGUAUUUAUUGAAAGUUUAGUUAGAAUGAAAGUUUUGUGUUAGACAAGGAAGCAGUGAAGAACGGUUAUUAACGGUUAGUUACUUAAACGUCCAAUUAAUUUAAUUAAAACAAAAAACAUUAAGGAAGAGAUUAAAUGAUAACGUAACGAAUCGUAUUUUUCUAUAUACAUAUGACGUACUUGUCUUUGAAUACGUCUACAUUUUGUUUAAUCUGAGUUUUGUUAACUUUCGCGUUGAUUAUUUGAUUUUUGUUAACAACGCUGUGCGCAAGCGAAAAAAAUUGACAAACUAAAACGAUAAACAAGUUGAUGUUGAACAAUAGAAUAUUGAUAUUGGCAACUGAACCAUGUAUUAAUGUAUUAAUUGGCCUGCCCGAUAACCGCGAGUAUUUUUCCAAGGCCCAUUUCAAACUAUGUGGGGCCCCUAAAUUUAUGUAAAGAACAAAAGGUCAGAUUUUCGGUCGAAAUGUAUAUUACCGAUGGUUUGCAGCCAUUGAACCUAGAGUAGCAACAGGCUACGUCUCAAAGACGAUUCUAAAUGAAGAUGAUUUUUGUAUUUAUUGAGUAGCAUUUGGUCGCUCUCAAAUGAAGAAAUUGUAGGAAAUUAAUUAUAAUUUGCAAUGGAGAAAAAAAACUAAGUUUUUUGUGGUUUAUUUAGCAUUAAUUGCAGACAUAAAUUAUAAUUUGUGCAUUAUUAUUUAAUACUAUUAAUAAAUCGCAACACGAAAAUAUUAAGCCAGUUAA